GUGUGAAUGAAUAACCACUUGUGUACUCCGUCGGACAUGCUUUCUCCUCAUGCUAUCGACGAUACAACAGUAAGACACAUGACGCAGUGCUAAACGUUCCGUGUGGAAAUCGUCGCAAGAAUAAAUAUAUUUACACACGGCGCAUACAUGUGGUCGUCGUAUUGCGUGAAAACGUACUAUUUCAUCUGUGGAAGACGAUAGUCUGACUUGUAAAACCGCACCUUAUCCUUGCAACCCAUACACGUAACUAAACGAAAAACUGGUUUUCUCCGGUGAUUUGAAUUUUGAACGAAGAUUUAGUGAGAAACAUGGAAAUUCUGGGCGUGAAAUUUGCACCGUUAAAUGUACCGCUGGAAAGAAGAUUACAAACGUUGGCUGUUGCGAUAUGCGUUUUUGUACUCCCUUUAGUGAGUGUUUGGGGAUAUCUAAUUACGGUUUACCUUAUAUUCUACACAGAAACGCUACGUUAUUUCCUGUUAUUAUAUUUUCUCUGGAUUUAUUACGAUUGGGACACUUGUCAUAGUGGUGGUAGAAGUGAAAUGUGGACAAGAAUGGCAAGAAAUAAUGCGUUUUGGCGUUAUUUUUGCAAUUAUUUUCCGUUAAAAUUAGUGAAAACAGUAGAUCUAGAUCCCAAAAAAUCGUAUCUUUUUAUUGGUGUACCGCAUGGCAUUUUAUCGAUUGGAAUAUUUGGUUCAUUUGGAACAGACAUAUUGAACUGUAAGAAGCUAUUUCCUGGACUAGAAAUCCGUCCAAUUACUCUCGAUCAACACUUCAAAACACCUAUAUUCAGAGAAUAUCCUUAUUCUUUAGGUACUUGUGCUUCUAGCUUGAAAAGUAUCAAGUAUUUAUUAUCAACACCACCAAAAAAUCCAUAUACCGGAAGAAUUACAGUUCUUGUUGUCGGUGGUGCUUCUGAAUCGAUGGAAUCAAAGCCGGGUACAUAUCGUAUCAUUAUAAAAAGAAGAAAAGGAUUUGUAAAACUAGCUCUAAAGUACGGUACGGCGUUGGUUCCUGUCUUCUCUUUUGGCGAAACAGAUUUAUACAAUCAAAUAUACAGCCCAGAAGGAUCGACUUUCAGACGCAUACAAAACUAUAUUCGCAAUCUCAUUGGAUUAGCACCCGUUGUUUUUUCGGGCAGAGGAUUCUUUCAGUAUUCAUUUGGUCUUAUUCCGAAGCGAUUACCUGUCACCGUAGUGGUUGGAAGUCCAAUUGAACUACCGAAAAUAGCUGAACCUACAAUUGAACAAAUCAACGAAUAUCACGAAAAAUUUAUGAAAAGUUUAGUUGAACUCUUUGAAACGCAAAAAUAUAAUUAUAUAAAAAAUGCGGAGAAUAUUACUCUCGAACUAUGA